AUGCAGCUGGAUCAAUCAGGCUUGUUGAGCCAUUUCCUCCAUUCCAAUCCUGGCAUUCGGAAGAUCCGAUACCAAACCAAGACCUAUGGGAAUGUCACAUUGGAUCGAUUUCUAACAGUCGCUCGAGCCCGUCAGAUGGCCGCCGAGUCUACCAUCCAAGGUCAAGCUAUCAAUGUCGUGUGUCAGACACUGAGGAACUUUGCAACGACUGGUCAUAUGGACAUGGACUUUGAAGCCGGAGAUGAUCUCUGGGUUCCAGAUUACACGACGAUCAAGCGAUGCGCGCUGUACAAGGACUAUGCGAGUUGCAUGGUCAAUGUGAUUGAGACUCAAUACAUCAACAGCUCGACACCUUUCGCUUUAUGUCCCAUAUCAACACUCCGAAAGGCUCAGGAGGAAGCCAAAGCCAAAGGCUAUAAUCUGCUAAUGGGAUCAGAGAUCGAGUUCUACUUCUUGACCGAUCCAGACGCCGAGGAGGUAGUUCCCGUUACCGGCUCGCCCCUCUACAACACCGCAGCAAGCAGACAUCCCGUGUUCAAAGUCGUAGAUGAGGCUGUGGAUGUCCUCGAAGCCAAUGGGCUGGCCGUAUGGGGAUAUCACCAGGAAGGCGCAUCGAGUAAGUAUGAGAUCUCCCUGGGUCCGGCGGAUCCAGUAACGACGAUCGAUAACAUGAUCUACGCCUCCGAAGUCAUCAAAGACCUGGCUUACAAGCACGGAUAUCACGUUACAAUGCAUCCUCAUGCUUUUCCUGGAAAGUGGCCCACGGCCGGACAACACUGGCACGUCUCUGUCGAUAAGGAGGGAAGCAAACCUGGCGAUGCGUUUCUGGCUGGAUUAUUGGAUCACUUCCCUAGUGUCUCGGCAUUCUUGCGGGGAGGGUAUGAUUCAUAUCAGGAAGGACGCAGAUUCUGGUAUGGAGGCGGUCCAGUCAUGUGGUCUUUGGGCAACGCAGCUCCGAUUCGCCGUUUUGGUGAUUCUCACUUUGAGGCCCGAGUCGGAGAUGCGUUGUCCAAUCCGUACCUGCAAGCAGCCGCCAUCAUCGCUGCCGGUAUGGAUGGGAUACACAGUCAAAUGCCAUUGACUAUGGGACCGUGCGAAGGACGUCUAGGCGCUGGUGGCUCGGCUGCAGAACGCGAUCAAAAACUAAAGACCCUCGGAGUAACAAAGACGCUUCCUGAAACCCUGGCAGCUGCCGUCAAGGAUCUGAAGGGAGACAAUGGAGCGUGGCUGACUUAUUCUUUCGGGCAGCCUCUGUUGAAUGCCUACUUCAAGGUCAAAGAGGAUGAGGCGAAGAACUCUGGGAGUAUGGAAGAAGCGGUUAGGCGGCAGGCUAUUCUGAGGCAUAUAUAA